AGAUAACCGGCGACGGUAAGCUCAACUGUGUGAGAACGGAGCUGCUACCGGCGACUGUAAACGGCUUUUCUCUUCUCCGUGAAGAUGAAACUAAAGGUUGUGUAUCGCAAGGUCUCCGAUUACAUCCGCUACGAUCUCAAAGAAAUCGUCUUACCUUCAUCACUUCCCGAUCCACCUCACGUCGUCAAACGCCGCAAAUUGACUUGGCACGAGCGCUUUCUCGUGUUGAAGGAAGCUUCAAGGCUUUACGGUGCAAGCUGGGUACGAGACAUAGGUCCCGAGCUUCGUCCAAACGAUUACAAGAAGCAAGGCGAUGCUGAGCCCAAGAAACAAGCCAAAGAGACUGAGAAAGAGCCCUCUGUUUUCGAAGAUCUUGCGGUAGCUGCAAGAGGCGGCAUAGAGACUUUAAGACCUGCUUUACACCGUGUGUACAUGACACGAGCUUCUAAUUACAAAGACGCUCUUGCAAGCUUUAUAAAAGGUUAUCAUGAGGGUGUCCAGCAAGUUAUGCAGAGCAAAGAAGAGCCUCAAGUCCCUAAAGAUCAUGAAGAGGACAGCUCCAAAAAGACUUCCUGAUAUUUACUUGUUUGCUCCCAAAGUAGAUUGUUGUAAGACGUGAAUCCGAGUAUUUACUUUGCUAGUUCUUGGUUUUUGUUUGAUUGUGCCACAAGAAUCCAGAGAUCUCUCUAUCUACAACUUAGUCCUUUGUGAAGCCACUUCUGUCUUCUACAAGUUAUAUACACUAUAUAUUAAUCAACUCUA